AUGGUUCGUAAUUGUAACUACUUCAAUCUCGUCUUCGCUGCGUUCUUCGCAAUUUUGAUUUCUCAGGGUUUCGCAUACACGGAUCCACUUGACGUCGCAGCUCUCAAGGAUAUGUACAGGAGCCUAAACUAUCCGCAAGUGCUGCAAGGAUGGAACGGCGGUGAUCCCUGUGAGGAGUCUUGGACAGGAGUAGCUUGUUCGGGGUCCUCGAUUAUACAUCUCAAAAUUCAAGGAAUGAACCUCACCGGAUCUCUUGGAGCCGCGCUGUAUAAUCUACAAAGUUUGAAGAUAAUUGAUGUCAGUUCCAACAGCAUAAUGGGUGAAAUACCAUAUGGGUUACCUCCCAAUGCCACACAUAUAAACAUGGCUUGCAACUAUUUGAGCCAAAAUAUACCAAGUUCAUUAUCAAACAUGAAAAAACUUAGACAUCUGAAUUUAAGCCACAAUUUCUUAUUUGGACCAAUUGGCAAUGUGUUCACAGGCUUAGAUAAUCUCAAAGAAAUGGACCUUUCUUAUAAUAAUUUCACAGGAGAUCUACCAAGUUCAUUUGGUUCCUUGGUAAACAUUGAGAAAUUGUUCCUGCAGAAUAACAGAUUUACUGGAUCAGUCACUUACCUGGCUGAGCUUCCACUCAUUUAUCUGAACAUUCAAGAAAAUCUGUUUAGUGGCAUUCUUCCACAACAUUUUCAGUCCAUUCCAAACUUAUGGAUUGGUAGCAAUAUGUUCCAUGCAGUGGACGGCUCUCCUCCUUGGGGAUUUCCUUUGGACGGUGUACCAGUUGAACAAAAUACCAGCCGCCCACCCACAACCCAGGCAAAUGCCAUCGAGAAUUAUGCUCCUCCUAAAGCAAUAAAAUACAAGAAGAAACGAAUUGGUCUUGGAGGAAUAGCUUUUAUGGUUGGUGGGGGAACAUUAAUGGUAACAGGAUUAGCGCUCUUCAUUGCGCUCAGUUUGAAUAAAUUUCACACACAGAGACCGGAAAGCUUUGUCUUCGAAAGCAACCACCGUACUUCAUUUUCUUCUCGUCCAUUUCCUUCUAAUCCAUUUCCUUCUAAUCCAAUCAGUGCAGUCAAAGUCAUUAAUGCUUUCUUCCCCUCUUCAUUUUUAAUGGUGAUAGAAGUCUCUCCUACGGCACAAGAUGAUAGCCUGCAAAUCCCACCUUUUAAUGCUGCAUCUCUUUUGGAUCCAAGGCGAUUGCCUUCCCAGAAACUUAAAAGGAUGGGAGAAACAUCAAGAAGAAGUUUUUCUGAACGAGACAAAUACACCGGAAGGACGAAGGUUUACACAGUAGCUGAGGUUGAGUUGGUUACUAACAACUUCAGUGAAGACAACCUUCUGGGAGUAGGCUCUCUUGGCCCUGUUUACAGAGCUGAGUUACCAGAUAACAAGGUUUUGGCUGUGAAGAACAUCCAAAUGGCAGGGUUAUCUUUCAGUGAAGAGGAAAAGUUCUUAGACGUGGUCUGUACCGCUUCCCGUCUGAAGCACCCCAACAUCGUUGCACUUAAAGGUUACUGUUUGGAGCACGGACAACAUCUUCUUGUCUACGACUAUGUCAGAAAUUUAACUCUAGAUGAUGCUCUACACAGUGCAUCAUACAAACCUUUAUCUUGGGGACUCCGUCUACGAAUCGCUAUAGGUGUUGCACAAGCUCUAGAUUAUCUGCACUCGACGUUCUCCCCUCCUGUCACCCAUGGCAAUUUGAAGGCUGCCAAUAUUUUACUGGAUGAAAAGCUGAUGCCUCGUGUUUCUGACUGUGGCUUGGCUAUCUUAAAACCACUGACCAACACUAAAGCCAAAGCUCGGGCUUCUGAGAUUGCUAUUAGAGAUAGUGGGUAUGAUUCACCUGAUCAUGGCCAACCGGGAAUUAGCAGCACAAAGAGUGACAUAUUUGCCUUUGGAGUGUUGCUUUUGGAGCUGUUAUCAGGAAGAAAACCUUUCGAAAUUUUUAUGCCAAAGGAAGAGCAGUAUCUAGCAAAUUGGGCUUCAUCAAGGCUUCAUGAUAGUGAGAGUUUGGAGCAGAUGGUAGAUCCAGCGAUUAAAAGAACAUUCUCAUCUAAAGCUCUUUCUCGUUAUGCUGAUAUCAUUUCUGUAUGCACUCAGCCUGCAAAGGAAUUCAGACCUGCAAUGUCUGAAAUAGUAGACUCUCUUGUAUCUUUUAUGCAAAAGCUUAAUGUGUCAAAGAGUGCCGGUGGUGUAGCAGAUGGAACUGAACUUGACCCACUUGACAGAUCUUUUCGUACAACCACCUCCCGCUUUAUACCAUCACCAUCAUUGAGCUAUGUAUCUGCUUAA